GACGCAUUUGUGAUAGCAGCAUGGAGUGCUGCCUGUCCGAGUGACUAGGCGCCCAGAUUGUGUGAAUGAACAUUUUUCAGCUCGCGAUCCGUACUGUCUCUUCUCCAAGGCUUCAACAUUGCACCAUCUGUCAUUGGCUUGUGGUCGUGAUCGUCUGACGACGUGCUGCGAGCGGGCGGAUCUCCCUUGAAUGAUGAGUCGUGACUCAACUCUCGUCAACUUGAGCAGGUCACCACCGUCAUCAUUCUCCUCGCCCAUCCUAUACUUGAAUCUUUACAAAAGGGAAGGCCACGCUCACUUGACACCCAGCUCAUCUCUCGCAUAAAAACGCUACCACAUCACCGGAACCUCAUACUGGAAUCGCAUUAAAUGUCUCAUCCACCAGGAGUAGCACCGCCUCCUGGAGCGCUCAUCCGCCCACCAAUCACCUACAGCUUCACCUCAUCAGAUGGUCUGCGCCAAUACGCGGUGCCCAUGAGGCAGUGGCUCGCGACCAACGACAAGCGUUUCCACGGCCUUCACGCGUCGGCUGUCGUCUUCAAUGCCUCGGGCACCAAGGCCCUCCUCCUCCAACGCGCAGCCCACGACUCGAUGCCUGGCCGAUGGGAACCCGCCGGCGGUGCCAUCGACCCGGGGGACGAGACCAUUCUACAGGGCUGCGCGCGGGAGCUGUACGAGGAGGCCGGGUUGAAGGCGAAGCGGAUCGUCAGACAGAUCGGCUCUGGCGACCCCUUUACGAACCGGACAGGGACGCACAUCUUCUGGCGGCUCGCCUUCGAGGUGGAGGUGGAAGACACGGAUGAUGUGACCAAUGAUCCGAAUGAGCAUGCGCGCUGGAUCUGGGCGUCACAGAAGGAGAUCGAGGAGGAGAGGCGGGAGGAAGAUGGAGAGGAGAUCCCGAUCACGACGACGCGGAUGAAGAAGACGCUGUUGGAUGCGUUCCAUCUGAAAAGGGAGGCUGGGGAGAUCCAGGACUAGACAGCGAGGAGGCAACCACACAAGGCACGCUGCCUUUUAAGAAUAGAGAUAUUGUUGGUCCACACCCAGUGUAGGUCUUUGCGCAAAACAACCAGAGUGAAAUAGAAACGCGACUCCUGCAAAUGUAGCGGCAGUCUAGUAUGAAGUACAAGGGGUAUCAGCCCUUCCACACUCGAUAUACACAGUC